CCUCUCACCGUGAGUGUUGGUCUCUCGCCCUUUCUCUCUCCCACUGUGAGUCAGUCUGGUUUCCAUUCGUCGUCCGUCUGGAAUGAACUGAAGAGAAGGAGGAGAAAAACAAAGCUGAAAACAGAGGAAAACGAGUCAGAAGGGUGAAGAGGGAGAAAAGAGGAGGAAGAGGUGAAACGAGAAGAAAAGCAGCAUCAGAAGAACCUGACAGCUAUCAAUCUUCUAAGCUGGACCAAUAAAGAGGCAGGGUGGACACAAGAUGGAUGGGUGACGGACAAUUGGAGCACUGCUGCUGCAGGAUCAGAAGCUUCAUGGCAACCAUGGCAAUCAUCCCAGGAAGGACAGAAAGUAGUAAUCUGCUGCACUUCCUGUUAGGUGUGUUCCUGCUUUACACUGAAGGGGGCAUAUCCCUGGAGCUGCUGCCAUCGACUUCGAAGGUUCUGCUCCAAUCAAACUCCAGCUACACUGUGUUAUGUUCGGGGUGGAGUCAGGUGAUGUGGCAGUUACCUCAAGACUUGCAGCUGGAUGGCGUUUUCGUGGACAACCAGGGCUCCAGCAGCACUUUGCAGCUUGUUAACGCCACCUGGAGGAAUUCUGGCCGGUACACCUGUGAGGAGACACAGGAGGAUCAGAGCAGACACGUUGAUGUCUUCAUUCCAGGACAAGGACCAGAUGAGUGGUUUGUCCCGCUUGGUCCAGGUGUAGUGAUGAAGGAGGCAGAGGAAGACACCAUCCCCUGCGUGGUGUCUGACCCCAAGCUCAGUGUGUCUCUGUACGAACGCCCUGACAGAACAGCGGUUGCUGGGAUGACAUAUGAACCAGCACGUGGCUUCACAGGUCGCCUCAAUGACACCUCAUAUGUGUGUGUGGCUGAGCAAGGAGCUCAGGAGAGAGAAUCCCAGGUGUACUACGUCUACAGCAUCAUAGUGCCUAAGGUGAUGGAUGUGGACCUGUCUGCAUCCAGUAGCGUGUUGAAGCAAGGGGAGGUUCUCACCAUUAACUGCACUGCCAAAGACAUGGACAUGGUCUACUUCAGCUGGGAUUUCCCUCGCAGAAAGGAAAUAGAACCUGUGAUGGACUUCCUGCCCAAUCAGAUCCGCUCGUUUGUUAACAUCACUGAAGCAACAAUGGCAGAUUCAGGUGUGUACAUUUGUAUGGUGCAGGAGACAUCGCAGGGACGAAGGGUGAAAAAAAACAUCACAGUGACGGUGUUGGAGCGAGGGUACGUCUACGCAAUGCCCUUAGGUGACACCAACUUAUCCACUCUACUUCAUUACACGGUUGAGUUCAGCGUGGAGGUUGACGCCCACCCAGCCCCGACUGUCCAAUGGAUGAGAAACAACCAAACCAUUGCUCCGGAAACCACUUCCAACAAAACAAUUCACAUGACAGGCAGCAGGUACAUGAGCACACUGACGCUGGUUGGAGUGCAAAUGAAUCAAACAGGAACUUACAUGGCAACUGCUUCCAACGAAGAUGAUGCUGAUGAAGUUAUCUUCCACCUGGAGGUCCAAGUUCCUCCAAAAAUCACAUCUCUGUCAGAAGUUGGCAGUAACAGCAUUUUGUGUGUCAGCGAGGGAGUUCCACCCCCCUCAGUCACCUGGUACACCUGCCACGGCCUCGACAGGUGUACUGAUUUGAGUGGCAACUGGACGAACCUAUCAGCAGCCUCGGAGGGUGUGGCUCUUCAGGAUAACAUCACUGAGGGGAUGGAGGGGGGCGUUACCAAGGUACGGAGCGUUUUGACUCUGAAGAGUCUCAGCUCUGUGUCAGCUGUUCGCUGUAAAGCUCAAAACUCAGCAGGAGGACGAAUCAGAGAGCUACGAGUACUAUCCACCUCUCUCCUGUCUCAGGUUGCGGUUUUGGCAGCAGUUCUGGCUCUGGUUGUCAUAGCCUUGAUCUUCCUCAUCAUCCUCAUUGUCCUCUGGAGAAAGAAACCCCGUUGUGAAGGUCGCUGGAAAGUAAUUGAGUCUGUGAGUCCUGACGGACAGGGUUACAUCUACAUGGACCCAGCAGACCUGCCAUACAACCUGUCCUGGGAGAUUCCCCGAGACCACAUUGUACUAGGUCAGGUGCUGGGCUCGGGUGCUUUUGGGCGUGUUGUCGAGGCGACCGUCUCCGGUCUGACUCACACUCACUCCACAACCAAAGCAGCCGUGAAGAUGGUCAAAGCCAGAAGUGAUACGGUUCAGUCUCUGAUGUCGGAGUUGAAGGUUAUGGUUCACCUCGGCCCUCACCUGAAUGUCGUCAAUCUCCUAGGAGCUUGCACGACAGGAGGUCCCUUAUACCUGAUCACUGAGUUCUGUCGCCAUGGAGACCUGGUGAGCUACCUGCAGAGGAACAAACAAAGCUUUCUACAGGGUGACGCCCCCACCAGGAGCGACGGCGAUGGCGGCUACAUGGACAUGAACAAAGACAAUGGUGGUCAGUAUGUCGCCAUGAAGGAGCUCAGCGACACCCCCAUCGAAGCCACAGUGUAUGAGGUGCCGCACACGCUGCCAGACCAGCAGGAGGCCACACCACUCCUCCUCAGCAACUCUCCUGUCCUCAUCCUCAACGACCUCAUCAGCUUCUCCUUCCAGAUCUGUGAGGCAAUGGACUUCCUGUCCUCCAGAAUGUGUGUCAACAGAGACCUGGCAGCUCGGAACGUUCUGGUGUCUGAAGGGAAGCUCGUGAAGAUCUGUGACUUCGGUCUGGCCAGAGACUUGAACAAGAACCAAGACUACAUCACCAGAGGACAUAGUUUUCUGCCGCUGAAGUGGAUGUCACCAGAGAGCAUCUUUCAGAACAUCUACAGCUCGCAGAGUGGCGUCUGGUCCUACGGGGUCUUACUAUGGGAGAUCUUCUCUCUGGGCUCAAGCCCGUACCCGGACCUCCCAAUGAACAGAGAGUUCUACUCCGCUCUAAAGACUGGAUACCGGAUGGACCGUCCAGAACACGCUCCCACUGACAUACACGAUCUAAUGCAGCAGUGCUGGGAGGAGGAGCCUCAGUCUAGGCCUUCUUUCUCCUCAUUGGGUGUCUCCGUGGGCAACAUGCUGACUGACGACUACAAGCAGCGGUAUCUGCAGAUAAAAGAAGACUUCCUAAAAGGAGAAAAUCCAGCUGUGGUUCGGUUCAGAAGGACAUCAUCCAGAAGUGAUGAAGCUGAGAUGAACAUACAGGGAAGUCCCACUCCUGAGGUAACAGUUCACCUUUUGGAGGUGGAGCCAGUAGAAGCAGGUUCCUCCCACGGCUCAUGCAUCAUUCCUGUAACUGACAUCACGGUAGAGAGUGGUGGCGACGCUGCGCUGGACGCAGUCAGCCCUCAGAUCCUGGAGUGUCAGGGACAACCAGGAGCACACGAGGUGAUAUCAUCAGAGGAGGCUCCUGCAUCAUCCUGCAGCCGUGAGGAAGAGGAGGAGAGCUGCCUGUGAAGGCUUCUUGUUCCUGACAGACGGCUGCCGGGUUUAUUGUCUUAUCCCAGAGUAGCAAACAAUUUUGCACUUGGCUCUUGGGACUGACUGUAAGGCUGGAGGACUAUGCGCUUGUCCAUAUUUCUACAUGUAAACCUUCAGUUUAAAUCAGGAGCUGAAUCAGCUGAGCGGAGGAUCCUGGAUCAGAUGUAUAGCCUGUUUUAGCCCUCAUCUACUCUGUAUUAGUCUGAAAUGUAUCAGCGCUAAUUUGUCAGAACUCCUGCCUUUAUUAAAAAAUAUAUUCA